AUGGCGGACGCACACUUUGUGCGAUUCGCCAUCCAGUGGGCCAGUCUCGCCCUGCUGUACUAUGACUACAUCCUCACCUUCCCACUCGAGCUCAAGCACAUCUGGCACAGCCGGUUUCGCUUCUCCACUAUUCUCUACAUAUGCUGCCGCUAUGCGCUCCUCGCAAAUGUGCUCUAUCUCCUUGCAAUAGCAAGCAUCAUCAACAACUGUGAUGGGUGGUACAAGGUCAUUGGAUUCCUGAGCGUCGCAGGGAGAGCUUCCGUCUUGACUAUCUUUGUCGGUCGAACAUGGGCCGUUUGGGGUAGAAACAAUAUUAUUGGGGCGUCGCUGAGCUUGAUUGGGCUGGCUUGCGUCGUUUUAGACCUGUGGCAUGCUUCGAGCGAACAGUGUGCGGGAGCACCAAGUAAAACUGAUCAAAUAGUUGGCGACCUCCUCUCCGUUUUCGUCGUUGUGUUUGAAUGCCUCGCAACAGCGCUCACCGCUUGGCGCUGCAUCAAGGCACUCCGCAUGCAUCCACACAGCGAGCGCCGCCUCAAGGGCAACAUCAUGUUCUUCAUGUUCCGCGAGGGCAUGAUCUACUUUGGCCUCGUGUUUGGGUUCACAUUUACGGCUGUGAUCCUCAACUUUCCAAACGACUUCUUCGGACGCCUACUCAACGCGCUCACUCUCCCCGUAUCCGGCCUCAUCUCCGCCCGCCUUCUCCUCGACCUCCGCGAACGGACAGAGCGCCAGCGCGUUAUGAUCUCACAAGACGACACCGCCUGGCACUUCUCAACCUCCUUAUAUAACUCGCCCGACCUCCCCCUCUCUGGCACCACGGCCGGGCCACCAUCGGCCUCCAAUCAGCGUUCCUCCGGCCAUGGCCAUCCGGGCUCGGGCUCUGGGCAUGGGCGCAACCCAGGGCUUGGGUCAUGGCAAGCCGCGCGGCGCGAGGACGUCGAUACGUUCAACGCCGUCGACUUGGAUCCUGAGCUCGAGGAUGACCUCGCGACUCUGGAGUCGUGGGAGGAGGAUGGGUUCGGGUUUGGUGGGGAUCCGGUUAAGGCUGCGCGGACGCUGACGAGGACGGAUACCCGGGUGUCGUCGGCGGGGAGAGAGGUGGUUCCUAGAGGUGUCGUGGACGUUGAUGAGUCGCCUGGAGGUGAAGACGUGGAAGGCGACCAGGUGUUCGCGGGCGUUGGUGGGCCGGAGGUGUUCGCCAUGCGGAAGCGCGAUGCGAGGACAGUGAACGAGGAGAGAGCUGUAAGUGGGGCUGACGCUGACGCGAGCGCUGCUGGGGCCGGUGGGUUUGUUUGA